AUGGUCGUUGCACCAAUUCGUGAAACAUGCGCACAAACUUUAAGUAUUAUUUGUAAUCGUUUAAAUGAUCAACCACAAUGUUCAACUUUAAUUUCAAUUCUUUUAAAUCUACUCAAACACAAUGGUACUUGGGAAAUUCGACAUGGAGCAUUACUUACGCUCAAAUAUACAUUCAAUAUUCUCAAGGAAAUACCCAACGAUAUGCAAAUUCCAUGUGUUCAAGCAGUACGACAAUGUCUGAAAGACGAAUCCGACGAUGUUGUUGCAACUGCUGCAGCAACAUUAUUACCUGUCGUUACUCAUUACGAAUCUGUUGUCCUCGAUUGUGCACCUGGUUUAAUUGGUGAACUCAUCUCAUUACUUGAUUCAAUGGAUGAUCUUAACUCAGCUGCUAGUUCAAUUAUGAAUCUUCUUGCUAAAUUACUUGCAUCGAAUUCAGCUGAAAAAUUUAAAUUAUCUUUUGCUCAAGUUCUACCAAAAAUUUUUCCAUUUUGCCGUCAUCAUACAUUACCAUUUCGUUUAGCUGCUAUUCAAACUGUUAUGAAAAUUAUUGAAGCUAGUCAAUCGAAAUUAAAUACAUGUACAUCAGAAGAAUUAUCUGUACUUGAACAUACAUUUUGUCUCCUUUAUGAACGAUCUAUAUUGGAAUCUGAUGACAAAAUUCUUACAUCGAUUGAACAAGCAUGGAAUAUUCUUUGUCAAUCGAAUACUAUUGUUCAACAAUGUACAUUUUCGUCAUAUCAACGAUGGAUUUGCCUAUCUGUUCAUCCAGCUAAAGUACCAAUUAAUCCAACAUUGUUGUUAAAUGAUGAGCACAUUCAACAAACACCACCAGUGAUUGAUAAUGAUGAUAAACGUUAUUUAAGUAGUUCAACAACAAAUAAUCAUCAAUAUUUAGCUAUGGGUUUUACAGUAUGUCAUCAAGAAGCUCCAUUAGAACAAGAUCGUACUGUUAUUAAAUGUCGUCGUCUAGCAGCACGAUUACUUGGUCAAUUAUUUACUCAUUAUGAUCAACAACAAUCAAAUGAUGUUUUAAAUUAUAUAAAAUGUCUUAACUAUCGUUCAGCUGUACAGCGAAUGGUUGCAGGAAUGAUAGCUAGUGAAUGGGCAAAAAAUAUGAGUGAUUUUUCCAUGAAUACAAAUAUUCUUCAAGAACGUUUUCAUAACGCAUUAAAUGAAACACUUUACUUUGAUGAAAUAGCACCAUCAUUUACUAAACUUAAACGUGAUUUUACAUCAUUUAUGUAUGAAUGUGCUAAACAACGAUUAUGUAAUCCACAAUCAAUUGAAGCAGUUGAACUUCAUUCAGUUGAUCAUAUUAUUGAAUUAUGUGAUAAUGUUCAUCCAAGUAUUGAAUCACAUGCUCAGUUAAAUGGACAAAAACAAAAUAUUCGUGAUGAAGCUCAACGGAUACAAAAUGAAUCAGAAAUACUUGCACUAAGAUCAACAGCUUAUUUGGCAUCAGCUUGUGUUUAUUGGCAUUUUCUUGGUGAUCAACUGAAUCCACUCAUUCGACCUUUGAUGGAUGCAUUAAAAAAAGAAUUAGAUCCACAGAUUCAAAAUGAUAUAGCUCAUGCUAUUGCAGAUCUUAUCUGGCAAUGUACUCAACGAACAACAAGUCCUAAUCCGAAUAGUAAAAUUAUUAAAAAUUUAUGUAGUUAUGUAUGUGCUGAUUCGGAUGAGACACCACAUGUUACAAAUCCUUCACGUUUUGCAGAAUCUAAUGAAACAUCAAUAAAUGUUAAUGAAGAAUAUAAUUGUACUAUUUUAAAAGGAAUUUAUACAUGGCAAAAAACAAAUAGUGAUGAUACAACAAAAAUUCCUUUAAAUCGUGAUUCAUCAACUGAUUCAACAUCUACACCUUCUUCAAAUAAUUCGAAUGCUAAAAAAUUCAAUUUUGAUGCACCAAAUAAUACUGAUUGUACAAGACAUGGUGGUCAAUGUGCUCUAUCUGCUAUUUUUCAUCGAUUUGGCGCUGAAAUUCAAUCGAAAUUACCAGAUUUAUAUAAUCGAACAGUAAUCGAUAUUGAACAAUUUAAUGAUGAAUUAUGUCAAACACAAUCAACAACUGAUGCACAAUGUUUGGCAGAUACACUUCAAAUUCUUACUAUUCUCAUUCCACAUGUUCAUGAAACUAUUUUAAAUAAUUAUCUUAAUCUUUUACCUAAUUUAUCUCGAUGUUUAUCAUCUAAAUAUACAGUAAUACGUUUUUUCACUGCACGUUGUAUUGGUAUUUUAUCAAUACAUAAAACAGAAUAUGUACUUCAAUUUAUUAUUGAUUUUAUCCUACCAAAAUUAACAAAUACAAAUAUGGAUACAAGUUAUUUACAAGGACCAAUAGAAACUUUAUAUCAUGUUAUUGAUAAACAAGCACUUAAUAUUGUUCCUUAUGCAAAACAUUUAAUGUUACCUUGUAUUCAAACUAUGACACAUCAAGAUUGGUAUAUACGAUCGAUAGCUAGCAAUUGUUUUGCUGUUCUUAUUAAAUAUUAUGCUCUAUAUAAUGAUGAUAAACCUAUUGAACAUACAAAUGGUACGGAAAAUGAAAAUUUUCUUGAACAACUUUUCGAUAAUACAAAAAUGCCUGUUUAUCAUUUACCAAUGCCGAUCAAAGCGGACAUUCGACCAUAUCAACAUGUAAGUAUAAUAAAAACAAAACUAAAGAAAUUUUUUAACAAUAUUAAUUAAUACGAUAUUUACAAAAUACAGAACUGUAUAGAAUUUCUCGUGCUGCUAUCAAUUCAUUUCACCCAUGUGAAAAAAAAUAGGGGAAAAAUCAGAUUAAAAUCGAUUACAAUUUGAUUAAAAAUCAAUUAUAAUCAUACACCUUUAAUCGAUUAUUAAUCGAUGUAGAAUCGAUUAUUAAUCGAUGUAGAAUCGAUUAUAAUUAGUCCUAAUCGAUUUUAAUCAGCCAUAAUCGGUUACAAUCACGGAAACAGUUAUUCUACUAUAUUAAUCAAUUAAAAUUGAUUAGGACUGAUUUUAAUCGAUUCUACAUCGAUUAUUAAUCGAUUAAAGGUGUAUGAUUAUAAUCGAUUUUUAAUUGAUUGAGAAUCGAUUAAAAUUCACAGUAAUCAUUACAAAUCUACCUGCGUUGUUACUACACUACAGUGGCUAUAUUCUAAAAACUAGUCACUAAAACAUGGUGUGUGAGUGUAAAUCUAGACAUAAAUGAGCAGAAUCUCAUGCCCACACCCACAUCCUAAAGGCAACCCCGUAGUAGGUUAUUAAAAGAUGGAUAGAAACAGUCGUUCCGCAUACCAUCACUCAUUAUCUAAAAAUAAAAUAAAAAAUAUAAGUCUUUUAAUAUCAACAUCAGACUUACGUAGUAACUCGAAUCGUAUAUAAUCCUAAAUAGAAAUAAAAGAAGACAUUUGUUUUUCAAUCUGAAAAUGGAACAUACUUUAUUCAAUCGUUGACGAUCUUUAAAAAGUAUUAGCUUUUCAGUAUCAAAAUAAGACUUGCUUUGUAAAUUGAACCAUGUAUGAUCUAAACUGAAAAAGGAAGAAAUAUGAAGUUAUCACUAUGAGCACGAGACUUACUUUGUAAAGCAAAUCGUUUAUUAUCUCAAAAUGGCAAUAAAUAAAAGUACUUAUUUUUCAAUAUCAGCAUAACACUUACAGUAUAAUUGAAAUAGUUUAUGACCUAAAAUGGAAAUAAAAAAAUGUAUUAUAUUCGCAAAUAUGAGCCUGAAACUCACUUUGUAAAAUGAAUCAUUCGUGAUCUACAAUAGAAAUAAAUGAUAUAUUAGUUUUUCCAUGUUGAACAUCAUACUGAUAUGGUAAAUCGAGUGAUAUAUAAUCUGAAAGAGAAAUAAAAGAAAGCAUUAGUUUUUCAAUAUGAACAUGAGAAGUACUUCUGAAAUCAAAUUGUAUAUAAUUUGAAACAGAAAGGAAGUAUUAGUUUUUCAGGAUGAAUAUGGUACUAACCUUGUAGACCAAAUCAUUCAACAUCUAAGAUAGAAAGAGAAGAAAAUAUUCGUUUUUCAAUAAGAAAAUGCGACUUACUUAUUAGAAUCAUUGACGAUGGUAAAAAAAAUUAAAGAAAACAUCGGUUUUUGGGACUCGACACAGGUCACAUGUUGAAAUUCUUAAAGUAUCCGAUCAUUUGAUAUUAAAAGAUUCAGUCAAGUUGACACUUCCUUCUUUGCCUACGUGAAUUCAUUAGUACAAUUCACGUAAAAUAACCAUUCGAAAUAUUCUAGAUCUACUAGUAUUGAGAUACGUGUUAAUAUCUAAAAAUAAUAUCAAAACAUCUAGCAGUCGAGAUGUUCGGACGGUUUAUACGACAGCAUUACGAAAACUACGCCCACAGUACAAUUGAGGGAUCAAAAGCUAGCUAAAUUUUAAUACACAAAAAGUAAAAGGACAUAGUAUUCAUGAUCAGUAUUUUUAUUGUAUACAAUGUAAAUCUGAACAGUAGUAUUCAGCUCCUUUGAGAAUAAGUAAAGCAUGUUCUAGAAUCUUCAGUAAAAUAUAUUGUAGGCGAGAAAUUAUGAUGAGGGCACAGUAAGAUAAAAAAAAUCGUAAAUAUACCUGAUUUUGAGUUUAUUUCUCGUAAAUAUAGGUUUAUAGCAAACCACAUAAGAUAAGCAUUGUUUACCUUAGUGGUUAGCGAUAUCUCAACCAAUUGAAAUUAGAUCUCGACACAUUUCAUUCCAGUUCACGUGAAAAGCACUUGAGCAUAAGCGUCAUCGUGCUAAAUCUUCACGUUAAAGGUUUAUAUCUUUGAUUAGUAUUCGAUUACAGAAUAAAAGUCAGGAAAACUGAAAAUACAAGGACAUUUCUAGAAAUAUGAUUCAUCAGUUUUUCUCAGAACGAUAUAUACGCACUGCUUAGAUACCACGUAAAUGACAAUAAUCUAUACAUAUGUAUGCUCUACUUGAAGCUUUUCAUUGGAUUUGAGAACCUUCAGUCGUAUGAUUCUGUUACGAAUAAACGAGUUAUAAUGGGAAUCUGGUCCAGAAGCUUCUGCUGCUCUCACUCUUUAUAAAUUUUAAAAACUAAAAAGGCUAUCAUAAAUCAUUAUUUCGAUGUUACUUAUCAAAAUUAAACAACAAUAAAAUAUAAUUUUGAUGCUAAUAGUAUUUAUUGUUUGCUCGCGAACUUUUAACAUUAUAUUUUUCCCAUAUAUUUUCAAAACUCAGACCGAAGGAUGUAAAUAUAAAAUAACAAUACUGUGCUGAUAUAUGCAUCACGGCUCACAGCUCUUCCUCUUCCCUCUUUCUCCCUGUUAUUCUCUGUAUCAUAUCUCUCUCUCUUUGUUUCUGUAUCAUAUAUAAGCGUGUGCUGAUUAUGCUAUAGACACGUUCUGGAGAUGUAAAGUAGCUAAUAAACAUCAUUAUCGAGGGUGGCGGUAAGCUACUCCUCCAGUUUGUCAUAACAUCUCUCUUGUCAUUGAUCGUUACAAAUACUCCAGGAAUACGAAUGGGUUUCAGAUUUUGGAAAAAACUGAUAUACAGAAAAGAUAAUCCAUAAUUAAAUACAUUGUACUAAAUAAGUGAGUAGACUUCAGUUAACUAUAAAUCUCUAACAUAUUGUACGAAUGAAAUCUAUUGCUAUUCGGCACUGAUGAGAAGUUAUUAGGAAUUCUCUUUUGUAUGGUUGAAAAAAGCAUCGCAUGCUCCUUUAUGAAUGAUGAAAGGCUUAAAUUUCAGUAAAUUUUAUGUAAACCAAUCACUCAAACGUAAUUUUAAGGGAGUUCAAUGUUUAGUAUAAAAAAGUUGAAUUUGAUAUUAAGUGAAAAGCGAUAAAACUAAACUAAAUUUUAAGUUAAGCUAAGUGGUGCAUCGUUACCAAUGAUUAUAAUCGAUUCGAAAAACUAACCGAUUACGGUGGAUUAUAAUCAACAUGAUUUGAUUUAAGGCGAUUCUUAUCCCCGUAAUUAUAAUCGAUUCGAUAAUCUAGCCGAUUUCCAUGGAUUAUAAUCAGUAUACCUUGAUUCUAGACAAUUCUUAUUCUAGUAGUUAUAAUCAAUUCGAAAACUUAGGUGAUUGCGGUGGAUUAAAAUCAAUAUUACUUUAUUUAAAUCGAAAAAAAAUCAUCAACCAUCGAUGAAAAUUGAUUACUGCUGAAAAUUGAUUACUGCUGAAAAUUGAUUUUAAUUGAUUAAUAAAAAAUCAAAAACAAUCGAUUAUACUCGUUGUACAUCGAUUUUAAUGGAUUCCAAUGAAGAAAACGAUUAUAAUCGGUUAAAAACUAAUGACUCGGAAUCAGUUAUGAGAAAAAACCGAUUAUAAUCUUUCAUUUAAUCAGAAAACAUCAAAAUCACUUGAUUUUCAUCAAUUAAUUACUGCUGAAAUCGAUUAAAAUCAUACAUCUGCUGAUUUUUCGGCUUAUUUUUUUUACAUGGGUGGUACCAACUCCAUAGCUGGAAUAAGAAUUCGUGCAUGCAUUGGCU